AUGCAAGACUGUAAACCAUCACCAACACUAAUGGAGGCCCAAUGCCACUUUGAUGAUCCUUCCAGCCCCAUCUUGGCUGACCCUUCGUCUUAUCGCAUACUCGUGGGCCGUUUAGUUUACUUCACAGUAACCAGGCCUGAUCUCUCAUUUGCUGUGAAUUGUCUCAGUCAACAUAUACAUGAACCUCGUCAAGAGAACCUUGAUGCUGCCUUGCACAUUGUUCGAUAUCUCAAAGGCACUCCAUUGCAUGGCAUAUCUCUUUCGAGCAAUAGCAACCUUGUUCUCAAUGGAUACUCUGAUUCUGACUGGGCUAGUUGCCCUGUCACCCGACAAUCAACUACUGGCUAUAUCACUUUACUCGGCUCAUCUCCUCUAUCUUGGAAAACCAAGAAGCAGUUGACUGUGUCUUGUUCCUCGGCAAAAGCGGAAUACUGA